AUGGACCGCCCCACCAAGGGCCUGGGUGUCGGGAAGGAGCCUGAACGCUACAGUGGCUACUACGACCUCAACAGAACAACGGAUGGGCACAUGUUCUUUUUCUACUUUCAGGCCAGGGAGGAUCCUGAGAAUGCACCACUCGUUCUGUGGAUGACAGGUUGCUCCAGCGAGCUGGCCGUCUUCUUCGAGAACGGCCCUUACCGCCUCUCGCCCAACCAGACGGUGGAGGAGACGACCUAUGGCUGGGACGUGUCGGCCAACAUGAUCUUUGUGGACCAGCCCCUAUACACCGGCUUUUCCUACUCCACCUCGGACGACGACCGCUGUUUCGACGAGAAGUGCGUGUCAAAUGACAUGCUGGACUUCUUCCUCGCCCUCUAUGAGGUCCGGCCGGAGCUGGCGGGCAAGGACCUGUUCAUCACGGGCGAGAGCUAUGCAGGCCACUACGUCCCGGCCGUCGCCAGCCGCCUCUUCCGCGCAUCCAAAUCGGGGGAGGUUGCGACGCCCUUUCCCCUCAAGGGCCUGGCCAUCGGCAAUGGCCUCACCAACCCUGCGAUCCAGGCAGGCUGGUGGAGAUAUGGCGCCUACGCAGACUACCUGCUCGCCAACGGGAAGAUAGGGCGCACGCUGUACAGCUACGUGUCUCUGAUCAACCCCCUGUGCCGCUGGUCGCUGGGCGUGUGCGACCAGUUCAAGUGGCAGUGGGAGUGCCUGCUGGCAGUCAACUUCUGCCAGGCCGUCACCUUUGUUCCCCUCAUGGCGGCCAACCCGGGCAUGAACGUGUAUGACAUCCGCAAGCCAUGCGUGGGCCCCCUGUGCUACGCCGAGUUUGAGGUGCUGGACACCUACCUGAACCUGCCCGAGGUGCAGGAGGGUCUGGGCGUCAACAGGAAGUGGAAGUCGUGCAACAUGCGGGUGCACGCGGAGAUGAUGGAGGACUGGCCCCACGACUUCAGCCACGUGCUCCCCGAGCUGCUGGCGGGCGGCGUGCGUGCCCUCAUCUACGCCGGCGACCAGGACUUCAUCUGCAACUGGCUGGGCAACCGCCGCUGGGUGGACGCGCUGCCCUGGGCGGGGGCGGGCGACUGGCGCGCCGCCCGCGACGCGCGCUGGACCGUGGACGGCGAGCAGGCCGGCGUCUUCCGCACCGCUGGCCCGCUGACCUUCCUCAAGGUGGGGGGCGCCGGGCACAUGGUGCCCAUGGACCAGCCCAAGCACGGGCUGGACAUGAUCACCCGCUUCAUCCGGGACGAGCCGUUUGGGCCCCAGCCGGAGGAGGACGACGACAAUUUCGUGCUGGGACAGCCCAUCCCUCGCGCGCGGGCCGUGUCCCGCCGCCAGGGGGAGUCUGGCCUGCAUGCCGUCCAGUGA